AUGGAUGAACAUGUCGCUGCUAUGUGUGAGCAACUUAUCAAGGCUGUGAACGUUACCAUGGAUCCGGAAUCGAGUCAAAUAUACCGGCUGGAGGCCCUAAAGUUUUUCGAGGAGUUUAAAGAAAAAAGUCUCCUGUGUGUCCCCUGCGGCUUUCAUCUCGCGGACAAAGCUCAGCCCGCGCAAAUCAGACACUUUGGCUUGCAAAUUAUGGAACACGUCAUUAAAUUCCGAUGGAACGAUAUGCAGCAACAUGAGAAAAUCCAAGUCAAAGACUGCACCAUGCAGCUGUUGUCACAAGGUACACAUCCCAUCUUAGAAGAGGAAAGCUACAUUAAAGACGUCCUCUCACGAGUUGUGGUGGAAAUGAUCAAGAGGGAAUGGCCGCAGAAUUGGCCCAACAUGCUGGAGGAGAUGGAAACGCUCUCAAACGAAGGGGAAGCCCAAACUGAGCUGGUUAUGCUGAUCCUGCUCAGGCUGGCAGAGGACGUGAUCACCUUCCAGACGUUGCCUCAGCAGCGGCGCCGAGACAUCCAGCAGACGCUGUCGCAGAACAUGGAGAGCAUCUUCAACUUCCUCAUGGCCAUUCUACACGCCAACAUCGAAGACUACCGAAAGCUGAAAGUGUUGCCACAACAUGAACUAAAGGCCAGAGCUCACUGUAGAGUGGCGGUGGUGACCCUGAGCACGCUAGCCGGCUACAUCGACUGGGUUUCUCUGACGUACAUCACAUCGGACAACUGCCGUCUGCUGGAGAGCUUAUGUCUGCUGCUAAGCGAGCCGGAGCUUCAGCUGGAGGCCGUGGAGUGCCUCCUGAUCGCCAUCAGUCGAAAGGGCAAACUGGAGGAAAGAAAGCCGUUCAUGUUGCUGUUUGAUGACGUCGCCAUCAAUUACAUCCUUUCUGCAGCUCAGUCAGCAAAUAUUCCUGCCACCCCCACACAACCAGUAGAGGUGGUGGAGCGACGGUACGUGUUCCUCAAGAGGCUGUGCCAAGUCCUAUGCGCGCUCGGAAAUCAACUCGUCUCUCUGGUGGGUUCAGACGUUAAAGUGGAUGUUCCCGCAAACCUCGGCAAGUACUUGGAAGCUUUGUUGGCGUUUACAACACAUGCAAGCAUGUUUCUGCGCUCGACCACCCUGCUCACAUGGGCGUCCAUCUUCCGGCACGAAACUCUUUCCCAAGAACCCGUCGUCGUCAAAAUGACCAUCAAGUACCUCAAAGCGUCCACGACCAACCUCGUCAAGACGGGAUUUCCGUCCAGGAACGAUCACCCGAGUUGCCAGUUCUCGCGGGUGGACUUCGACAGCGACGAGGAUUUCAACGCUUUCUUUUUUUCAUACCGGUCGUGCCUGGGACAAGGCGUGCGCUGUGCGUGUCGGAUCGUUCCCUUAGAGGCGUUCGAGAUGUCCGCCAUGUGGCUGCGAUUACUGCUCGGCAACAUUAACGAACCACGCGAGGGCUUAUGUCCGCGCUUGUCCGCUCCAGCUCUCGAAUGGGACGCCGCCACUGUGUUCCUGGAGUGCGUGGUGCCACAUGUGUUGAAGACUCUGGACGAGGAGAAGUUACCGGUAGACGUGAGCAUGGAGCUGCUGGAGGCCGUGCUAAACUACGACAGCCAAGACCCUCACGUGGUAUCCUGCGUGCUCACCAUCGUGUCCACCCUGUUCCCCUUAAUCCAACACAGACUUCAGUUCCUGCCUCAGGUCCUUUUCAAGCUGUUUGAAACGGCGACAUUUCAGCCGGUUCAGGAAGCGAAGGCACUACGUAGCCGAGCCGUAACCAGCGUGAGGAGACACGCCGGCGCCGCCCUCAUCAAGAUUUGCCGGGAUUUCCCCCAGUUAAUUUUGCCGUGUUUCGACAUGUUUUACGCCCACGUGAAGGAGAUGUUCGCCGGCGACCCGAAGCUAUCCUUCAUGGAGAAAGGCGCGUUGAUGGAAUCUCUGGUCCUCAUCAGCAACGAGUUCAAGAAUUUUGACAAGCAGAAGGCGUUCAUAGACGAGCUGUUAGCUCCCAUCAUGUCUGAGUGGAUGUCUGACACUAUUAAACAAGUGCUGUCCAACCCCGUUCUGUUCCUCGCUUUCGUCGGAGCCGAUCGGGUGGUCGAAGAGCAGCUGGGAGAGGUGGACGACGUCGGCCUCAACAGGGCAAAGCUGGGCUUCUGUUUGAACACCAUGCUCUCUGUGAUCAAGCGGUCGCGUUGGCCCGCCGACCCGCAAGCGGCCGAGGCCGGGGGCUUCUUGGCGGGCUACUCGCCUUUAGGAGCGCCCAUCUACAAAAAUCCCGCUGCCGCCCAGUUUCUAGCCUUCCUGCCCAACCUGCUUGCUCUAAUCAGAACUCAAAACAGUUUAUUCAUGCCGGAGAACCGAGCUCGCCUGAGCGAGACAUUCACCCGAGUGUACGAUCUGAUGGACGGGGAGAGGAACGUAGUUCUCGGUUUGGCUAAUCCCGUUCAGGAUUCAUACGACACGCCAACUUUAAAAACCAACUUGGAACGCAUGCAGGGAUUCUUCUGCCAUAUGUUCGAAAACAGUUUUCACCUUCUAGGAAACGGCGGGCCUUCCCUGCAGCAGGAGUUCUACAACAUCGACGGACUGGCGGAAAAAAUUUCCGCCUCGGCUUUCUUCUCCCUCGACCACGUGCCGGACUACAGACUUCGGCCUAUUCUUCGCAUAUUUUUAAGACAAAUGGUGCUCUCGUGUCCGGCGGAAUAUUACGACAGUCUCCUAUGCCCUUUACUCGGGCCCAUCUUCAGCUUCAUUCUGCAGUGUUUAAAACUGAAGUGGAAUGUCAUUAACCAGAGAGCUGCUGCCAAUGGUGAGGAAGAAGAAGUGGUGGUGUGUCAGGAGAGUCAAGUGACGGAAGAGAUAUUGGAGGAGUAUCUGGUGCGCCUCCUCACUCGGGAGGUUCUGGACUUCAUCACUGCCAGCUGCAUUUCUCGAAAAGUUCCCGAACCGGCUGGCAGUAAAGAGGAAAUUGAAGAGGACGACGUCAUGAUGGACGCGACGCAAGCGUCGUCCACCGCUGCCGCCACAGAAGAACUCACCGACCUGGGGAAAAGCCUCCUCAAGGAUGAGAAUAUCUACAUGACGCUGUUGUCCUUUACAUUCACGUCGCUGUCGUGGAAGGACGGCGCUUAUUGUCACCGCACGGCUUCCAUCAUUUGCUGGACGCUUAUGCGGCAGGUGAUCGGCAUGAACCUCCUUCCCGAGGCCGUCUCCUGGAUCUUUGUCAGCGUCCUCAAGGGCCUCCAGAUGCACGGGCAGCACGAGGGCUGCAACGCCAGUCUCACUCUACUGGCCAUGCAGAUCUACGACAACCUGCGGCCUCACUACACCGAGCUUCGAGCGGUCAUGCACCAGAUCCCAAACAUCGACGUGAAGGCUCUGGACCUUUACGAUCGCAGGCUCCUGGAGCCCAACAAUACGCAGAAGGUCGCCGAGAAAAAGAGGAAAGACCAGUUCAGGAAGCUCCUGGCCGGGACCGUUGGGAAAGCACUUUGCGAGCAGUUCAGAAAAGAAGUCCACAUCAAGAAUCUUCCGGCGCUGUACAAGAAGGCCAAACCGGAGAAGGACGUGCUGUGUGGCGACGAGACAGCCGGGCUGACGGUGCUCUUUAGCCCGCAGCGAGACACUCUCAGUAAAAGGGGCGUACGUCACGGCCCUUUCGCUCGUCAGGAUGGGAGGGGUCCGCCGAGCCGGGGAGGGGUCUGCCCGCCGGAGAAGAGGAGCGUCGCAGAUCGAGCGGAGCGCGAGAGCAGCCGGUCGCCGGGAAGAGACAACUGGAAACAAGUGAGCGGGGAGCGCUGA